AUGCACAAAAAGGAAGAGAACAUCGCGGGAAGUCUUUGCAAAGCCGUCGCCAUAACAGGUUAGUCUUAGUCAUCCCAAUGUUGCUAGUAUCGAUUGUCCCUCGCCUCCUCCGCGGGUCUUCACCGUGUUCCGCGUUCGUUUCUUUUUAUUGGCAUUCGGGAAGAAAUGUGUGUCGACACCUUGCUACUCCCUCUCUCUCACUCUAUUUCUGUUUUUGAUAAUCGCCGUGCACCAACCGUCAUGUUCGCGACAGUUCGGCAGCCGAAACCUCCCAUUAAACACAUAUUGGAGGGCGCAAAAUGAGAUGAGUGCGGUCUCGACCGCGGGCUAUUAUUGAGUGACCUCAUUGUGAUUCUCAUUUGGUUUCCCACCCUUUUUCGAACAAACUUUAGCCCGAAACCUGCAGUUUCCCGAUACUUUCUUCCCAACGAGAAGUAUGUUUUGCAUGCAAUCAAUGUUUUCUUCGCUCGAGAUAGGCGACCAUAGCUUGCUUGGCCACUCAAAACCUGUUCGAACUAGCCGCUUCGCCGUCCGCAGACACCGAAUUUCUUUCUUCGCUAUCCCCUUGCGUUUCCUAGUUUCUCACAUCCCCCCAAUCCGCUUCUUUUUCUCAUCUUUUCAGAUCACAUCUUAUCCUUCUCUGAAUUUGAGAAAAUGGAAAGUGUGACUGAAGCGCGGUUUUCGUAUGAUAUGGAAAUUUAUGUUUCGUUUCUCAUCAUAAAACGAUUCUUCUCCCGCAUUCUUCCCCAAAUCACAACUCUUUCAUUUCAGGAGCGUUUAUGCUGUUUAUCUUGGUAGUUAUCUUGGCGUUCAGCGCUUCAAGAGGCGCUUCCGAAUCGCUAUACGACAAAAACGAUGCGAUCCUCGAACUUGACAUCGACACAUUCGGACCUGCCAUUUACGGAUCAGUAAGCUCGAGCACCUUCUUAUCCCUCAUUAAUCUUUUGUGUUUCUUUCAGAAAAAAGCUCAUUUCAUCGAAUUCUACUCAUCUUGGUGCGGAGCAUGCAUCGGAUACGCUCCUACAUUCAAGAAAUUCGCAAAGUAAACUGUUUAGGGAAAAAUUAGGGCAAUCAAACGCAAUUUAUUUACACGCUCAUGCACUUUUGUUUGAAAUUUCUUCGCAAUGCUACAAAACGUCGGGCGCAUAUCCUGGCACAGAGUGCAAACAGUGACAAAAAAUGACCAUUGAUUCCGGAAAAAUUAGGCGCUGGACACAAGACACGAAAUCGCUGCCAAUUUUCAAUCAAAACGUUCAGACAACUCGAAAAAUGGUCUCCACUGGUUCAAGUGACAGUUGUGAAUUGUGCCGAUGAUAAAAAUAUGCCGCUGUGCAGAGAACAAUCUGUCAGCUCGUACCCAACUCUCAAGGUACACACAUUUGUGCUUCCUGCUUUUGACGCAACUUAUUGUACUUUUCAGUAUUUCAAAUAUGCGUCAAACAACAAAGACGACGGAAUGAAGUACAGCGGAGAUAAAUAUGACAUCACUAAGCUGGCUCAUGAUAUCGCCGGACUUGCUCAAGCCGAUGCUCAACGUCAGAGCCCUGAGACAUGGCCAGCGUUUUUGCCACUUUCGGAGUAGGAUUUUGAGGUGAUAUCAUCCAACAUCUGAUGAUUUCCAGAAGCACCAGCCUUGAGGAGGUCUUCAAAACCAUCGGAGACACUCAAUAUCUUGCGAUUGUUGUUCAGGAUGAUCCGGCUGUCAUUGCGUGGGCGGUGUGAACCCCCAUUUGUAAACCUUGCAUUUAACAACCGCUUGCAGAAUCUGAUCAACUAUCACGGAAACAACGCAAUCAAAGUGGCGUUUGUCGGUCAAACCCAUCCAAUCGCCACAAGAUUCUUCACCGAUGGAGCCGCCCACGCUCUCCUGUUCACCAACGGAAAUGCGGAACCGAUGUGGAAGUCCGAAGGUGUCGUUGAAAAAUGGACGGACGUGCACGAAAAGAUUGAGGAGCUCAUCGGCGACAAGAUUGCGGCCCAAAGUCCGACAAUUCAACCGGCCGACUCAGCUGUAAGUCAUUUUUCUGUGCAGCAUUUUCAUUGGGCGACUUGAUUCUGUAAGCAAUGAUUUAGAACUGGGCUUCUAUGUGGAACCGUUUUUGGAGAAGGGUAAAAGAAGUUAAGAGACUGUUCCAGGUAUGUGGAUCGCAUGGUGUGGUUAACUCUUCCCAAGUUUUUUCAUUGAACUGCACCUUAAUCCACAUCCCUGUAGUUGAUACAUCAAUUGAAAGUUUCCCACCCUCCCCAACUCAGAAAAGCAACAAAUCUAUUAUAUAUUUUUUCAGCCAGUCAUUGCUGCCCCAUCGACUCCAUUGGGCAAUCAGUUCGAAGUGCAAUUGGUGGAUUUGAAAAGCGCAAUGAGUUACAUGCUAUACAAGGAAAUCCCGAGAAGACAGGAGAUUCGCGAUGAGCCGUUGGCCGCUCUCAAGCAGUGGAUGCACACUUUGAAGAAGGUAUGUUUUUCCAAGUGAAUAUCCGUAAGAACACUUUGACUUUUCAGUAUGCUCCUGGCACUACACCAAUGCGCAGACUCUUCUUCCGUCUUGACGAGUGGGUUCAGCUCCGUUCUGCGAUCACUUCUGACGAAUGGACCGCCAAAGUGGAUGAGAUUCAAGUAAGAUCAUCUCUUUUCUUCACAGUUUUUUGUAACAGUGACGCAAUGAUUACUAAUUGCUUUUUUAUCAAACCAGUUUUGUUGUAGCAAUCACUGGGUAAUCCGCUGCCAAAGGAAAUCACGUGGAUGGCUUGUGCGGGGUCGAAGUCAAACCUCAGAGGCUACACCUGUGGACUUUGGACUCUUGCUCACACGAUCACAGUCGAAGCGUACAAACAAGAAAAGCACAGUAAUACUUACGCUCCCGGUGUCCACCUGCUAACAUCGCGAAAUUUUUGCAGAUACAGACUUCAAGCCAGUGAUCGAUGUGCUUGAGCCGUUCCGCGCGUUCAUCUUCCACUUCCUGAGUUGCUCCGAGUGUGCUCAUAACUUCACAAAGGAGGCCGAGAAGAAUCAACUUCACUUGGUCACAAGAGCAGAAGACGUGUACGCGUGGCUUUGGAGAGUACACAACUUUGUCAAUAAAAGACUCUCCGGCUCUCUUACCGACGAUCCGUCCUUCAAGAAACAGCAGUUCCCGCCGAAAUCCAUCUGCGCGGAUUGUUACGAUUCGAACGGAGAGAUCGACGAAGCGAAGGCACUUCCGUUCGUGUUCAAGUACUAUUCGAAUAUCAAGACGGACCCGGUAGAGGUAUACAGUUCUUUAAAGAUCACACACGUUUAUAUAACUUCUUUAAUUUCAGAACGUGCCAGGAUACAAAGUGGUGGAAUACAAGGAAGGCAAGACGCUCUCUGCUGGACAGAGACACUUGAAUCCAAAAUUCCAAGUUCACGCCGGAAAGGUUGAUCAACUCGAGGCUAAUGAUAAGGUCCGAAAUGACGCCAGUCCACAGAGAACAUGGAAAGAUCUCGAUGGCUACGGUGAGCGAAAGCGUUCCAGCGACAAUGAGUCUACGCAUGUUCCUGUUCCAGACAGUCUUCCGGACACUGCGAGCCGCACUCACCACUACUUCAUCUGGCUCUCGCUCAUCGGCGUGGCACUGAUUGUCGUUUACUGCAAAUACCGGAAGAACAGAUCAAAGUUUUGGAAGACUUUCUAUUAUCAAAACGACUUCAAACUGUGAUUUUUUUGCCGGGGUUUCUUUUGAGUUGGCCGCACUUUCUCCCCCUCACUGCUAACCGCAUGUCGUUGCUUUUCGUUGCAUGCAUCCAAUUCCACUCGUCAUAUCUUCAUGCUAUCACUUUCAAGCUAAUGUAAGCCUCUGUAAAAACUUCAUUCAAGUGUAACGUCCGGGUGAAGCCAGUCUAAGAAGCGGCGCUGACCUACUUCGAAUUAGAAGACUACGUCUUGUUUUGUGUUUGGUUGUGUUCUGUCCUAGAAGUCAUAUGAGAUCUAGAUCUACCGUUUGAAUUAUCAUCAUAACAUACUUAUUCUAAUUUAUUCCUUUUUUAAUGCAUGCUCGACUCUCCUACGUGUUUCCCUUUUGUGUAUUUGUCGCCACCUUGUGCUCGUCCAGUAAAUUGACGUAAUAAAUGUUUCUUUCAUGAUAAACUUGAUACAUCCCGUCUCCUUAUUACCUAUAUAUAAACCGAAAGUUAGGGAAUCUUUAGGAAUGAAGGACGCAAAAGUACGUGCUGGGAGUUGUUUGCUUUGUUAAACAUUUAUGUUUCUAGAAAAAUAGACCUAAAUCACGCGAUGUGCCGUCCCAGAUUAGUUCUAACUGUAGAAUUGUUUGUGUGUUCGUCACAUACCCUAAAAUAAUAGACUGAAAUAGAAAAACAUAUGUUAAUCAGUAGAACAACUAACUUUUUCAGAUGUCCCUGGAGUUCAUCACCAGUAAAGCAGAACAUCGUCUAA